AUGGUCAUCCAAACACUGCAAUUCCUAUUCAUCGCUCUGACGAUACUUGCAGCGUUCCAGGCGAUGAACGGUCACUUAUACCAGGUCCUUUCAGAUGUUAAACAAAGCGUGAUCCUCAAGGAGAACGGUGUCUGUAUAGCAAUUCAUACACUUUGGUGCACUCUCCAUUUCAUAAAUAUGCUAAUACUGGUUGAGCCUUGUCAUCGAACAAGUACCGAGAUGCAAAUCACACAAUCCGCCAUCUUGUCCACUGGGCAA